AUGCAAGUGCCGGUUCUCGGCUGCACUUUCCUCACGCUGUCAGAUCGUGAGGAAAGUACUGCCGAGAACCGGCAGUUGUCAGAGCGGGGAUCGGCACCGAUCAUCAGGGCACUGAUGAUCAGUGCCCUGAUGAUCGGUGCCCAGCAGUGCCACCUGCAAGUUCCGCCCACCUGUGCCCAGCAAUCACCCACCUGUGCCCAGCAGUGCACCCACCUGUGCCCAUCAGUGCACCCACCUGUGCCACUCUGCAGUGCCACCUACCUGUGCCCAGAAGUGCCACCUACCUGUGCCCAGCAGUGCCACCCACCUGUGCCCACCAGUGCCACCCACCUGUGCACA